UCUACAUCCUCACCCACCGCCCACGGACUAAACAUUUACUCUACAAAUGUCUGAUGCAAACCCUGCCCAGAGUCCUCCAAAAUCCCCCGUGUUUGUCAGAGUCGAUCCCCAGAAACUGGUGCCAAGCGAAGGCGCGAUCCGCGCUGCGAAGCUGAGAUCAAACUCGAUAGCUGUGCCCGACGACGAGGCUGUGAAUGCUGGAGUCAGUGCUGCGGAUAAGGCAAACUGGGGACCGACUACGUGGCAUUCAAAGCCUAUUGUUCAGGAUGUCGUGUAUGAUAACGAGAAGGCGGUAGAGAAGGCUUUGGAAAAGCUUGAGGCGCUUCCACCGCUAGUCAGUCCUUACGAGAUCAACAAGCUACAAGACCUCCUGCGCGAUGCCGCAUUAGGGAAAGCAUUCGUUCUGCAAGGUGGAGACUGCGCCGAGCUAUUCGACUAUUGCUCUCAGGACCGUAUUGAGUCAAAGAUGAAGAUUUUACUUCAAAUGUCACUGGUACUCAUUUGGGGCGCAAAACUUCCUUUGGUCAGAAUAGCUCGAAUUGCUGGACAGUUUGCAAAGCCCCGCUCGAAGUUGACCGAGGAAGUCGAUGGCAAGACUAUACCUUCGUUCAGAGGUGACAAUAUCAACGGCUUUGAUCCUGCUGAUCGCACCCCAGAUCCAUCUAGACUGGUUAGUGCAUACUUCCACUCUGCUGCUACUUUGAACUACAUCAGAUCCUGUCUCUCGUCCGGGUUUGCGGAUCUCCACAGACCUUUUGACUGGUCGCUGUCCCAUGUCCAAUCCAGCACCAUCAAAGAGCGUUACGCAUCCCUCGUGAAGUCGAUUACCGAAGGUCUCUCGUUUAUGAAGACAGUGGGUGUUGAAUCUUCGACUCUCAACACGGUUGAUCUGUUCACAUCGCACGAAGGAUUGCUGCUAGAGUUUGAGCAAAGUCUGACAAGAAAACUUCGUGAUCCGAGAGAUGGAGUUGAGAAAUGGUACAACACUUCUGCCCAUUUCCUGUGGAUAGGAGACAGGACUAGACAGCUUAAUGGUGCCCAUGUCGAGUACUUUCGAGGAAUUAUGAACCCGAUCGGUAUGAAAGUCGGUCCGUCAAUGACUGCCAAGGAGCUUGUCGAUGCACUUGAUAUUCUUGAUCCAGACAAUAUCGUCGGUAAGGUUACUCUUAUCUCUCGGUAUGGAGCGGGUAAGGUCGAGCAAAUGCUGCCGGCACACAUAGAGGCCGUCAAAAAGACAAAGCACAAAGUCGUUUGGAUGUGCGACCCAUGCCAUGGCAACACGAAAACUUCAGAAAUCAGCGGGCUGAAGACUAGAGAUUUUGAGGAUAUCAUGUCUGAGGUCGCAUCUUCCCUUCAAGUCCAUAAAACUGCAGGAUCCCAGCUUCAUGGAAUUCACCUCGAGCUGACUGGUGACGCAGUGACCGAGUGUAUUGGUGGCUCUGAAAUGUUGACCCAUGAAGAUCUGGAGAUUCGUUACGAUACUGUCUGCGAUCCUCGCUUGAGCGAGAGUCAAUCCCUGGAUGUCGCGUUCUUGAUUGCGGACUGGUUCCAGCAAGGCAAGAUGAUGUCCAUUGCCGAGCAGACUUCGUGAGGUCGUGUCUGGGAGAAUUGUAUAUAUCCACUAAAAUGUAUAUUGAGAAAAGCUUCACUUUGAUAUUCUAAUGUUUAAUGAACUCUUUAUUUGAUUAUAAAUGG